AUGGAAGAGCAAGAAAGAGAAAAUCAAACUCAUGUCACUGAGUUUAUCCUCCUAGGAUUCCGAAAUCUAAAGAAUCUGCAGAUCCUCCUUUUUCUUGGAUUCCUUGUUAUCUAUAUUGCAACAAUGGCAGGAAAUAUUCUUCUUGUUGUGGUUGUGGUGACCAAUUACCAUCUUCACACCCCCAUGUACUUCUUCCUUGGUAAUCUGUCUUGCUUGGAAAUCUGCUACAGCUCAACCCUUUUGCCCAUAUUGUUGUCUACUCUUUUGAUGGAUGGAAAGAUCAUCUCAUUCAGUGGCUGCUUCUUGCAAUUAUUUUUCUUUGGCUACUGCUUAGGUGCAGAAUGUUAUUUGCUGUCUGUGAUGUCCUAUGACAGAUAUUUAGCAAUAUGCAAGCCAUUGCGUUAUGCAACAAUUAUGAGCAUGAGGCAGUGUAUCCAGUUAGCAGCAGUGUCCUGGACAAACGGGUUCAUAGGCAUUUCCAUAAUAAUGGUUGCAAUGCUGCAGUUAACAUACUGUGGUCCUAAUGAAAUUGAUCACUACUUCUGUGAUUCUGUUCCACUUAAAAAACUUUCCUGCAGUGACACAGAUGUGGUGGAACAGGUUAAUUUAAUAUUGUUAUUUAUUUACACCAUGCCUCCAUUUCUACUUACCCUAACAUCCUAUAUAUAUAUUAUAAGGGCCAUCCUAAGAAUCCCAUCCACUGCUGGAAGACAAAAGGCCUUUUCCACAUGCUCUUCCCAUCUCAUUGUUGUUUCUACUUACUAUGGGUCUUUAAUGACAGUGUAUCUCUUGCCACCAUCGUCCUCAAUGAACAAAGUUGUUUCUCUUUUGUACACAAUCCUUCCACCUCUUGUUAAUCCCCUCAUAUAUAGCCUGAGAAACAAGGACGUAAAGGGGGCUUUGAGAAAGUUGAAAAACAGGAUAGUCAUUUUCAAAAUAUUUCAAAAUGUGCUAGUUAAUUUUGCUAAUGUUAAAGGUAAGUAG